GUUUCCGGUAGAGCCCAUGGGGGACCUAUGAGAUCUAAAAAUAUGAAUGGGUUUCAAAGGAGAGAACGUAAUUAUUUUCUGGUCCCAGUCUUUACAUGCCCCGGAUUACACAUAUGUUGUUUGUGGAUUUAAAUGAUCAUUUUUCAUUUUCAAACUAAACAUUUUCGUUAAGAAGUUUGAUAAUGUUACGUAUUUUCCAAGGGGAGGAUAAAAGCAUCGAAAGAGGUGAAAACCAUUAGUUGGGGCAUGUGGAUAGUUUCAGUUAUGCCGAUGGGAAGAUUGUCGGUCUUGUCCACCCCAGUCGCAGGGAGCGUGACGGCACAUACGUGACAUGCAGUCUUUCUCAUUGUGUUUUCACUACAGCCUUUAACUGAACAAUUGCACAAUAAACGGUCAAACUCUUCUCCGUUUAUUGAAAAAUUAUCAUUAUAAUUAUUUUUCGAUCUCAUAGGUCCCAUGGGCUCUACCGGAAGAGGCGUGAUUUCGCCACUGCUAUCAUCAGAACUCUCAACUGCAGCGGAUUAAGCUAAUUAACUUUUUCUCUGUCGCCUACGUUGCACCCGAGACGUGUCGCUUCCUCUGCACACAAUCCAAUCUGUCCUCCAUUUCGCAAAAUACAACGGUAUUCAAGUUGCCGUGGUUUUAAUCGUUAAAGAAUACAUGCACUCAUCGACAUGCAGUAUUAUCCUAUUUGUUGACGGUUUUAAACUUUUUUUUAAAACCAAAAGCUGUGAACAUGCUAGGAUUUGUGACAUUAAAUGAAGCCAGCCAACUGCUGCACAACAAAUUUGUUGUGAUUCUCGGUGGUUCAGUACAGCGCUCCAUGUACAAGGACCUCGUCCUGCUGCUUCAGAAGGACACGUUCCUGACGAGCUCUCAGCUGAAGUCUAAGGGUGAAGCUUCAUUUGAACACGACGGCCUGGUUGAAGGUGGCAGUCUGGGGCCCUUGAGCAAUGGCCCCGACUACAGGGAGGUGCGUCAGUACCGCUCGGAGCACCACCUGGUGCGCUACUACUUCCUGAGCCGCGUCUACUCGCCCUACAUGGAGAGCAUCCUGGAGGAUCUCCGCGGAGGCCUCAAGCCAGACAUCCUCGUCGUCAACUCCUCUGUCUGUGACGUGUCCAGUUACAGGUGUAGCCGAGACUGGUUACCCCAGUAUCUCGGGAACCUCCAUAAGUUCUUUGAGCAGCUGAAGACGGUGACUACUGACGCCUGUAUCCGGGUGUGGAUCCUCAACACAACCGGGCACCUGAAGCUCAGCCUGCAGGGCACGGCCAUGGAGGCCAACCUCUGCAGCGGCAUGCUGGCCCCGGCGUACGGCCUGGACGUCCUGGACCUGCACUACCACUUCCGCUGCCUCCUGCCCCACGGCGGGCCCCACGGCGGGCCCCACGGCGGGCCCCACGGCGGGCCGCACGGCGGGCCCUGGGACGGGCGCGCCCAGCGCUGGGCCAGCGCGCUCCUGCUACACCACGUGGCGGCGGCCUGGGGGGUGGAGAUGAGCCCUCCGCCGCUCCUGGGUCUCAGGCCGGCCAGCAGGGCCAUCCGGGGGCCAGCGGGCCCGGCCGAUUUCCCCAGCAAUCACUUGCCUCCCUUCCAGUGGGAUCGUAGUCAACCAAUCAGACGCCAGUUGCUCUCAUAUAACAUACCAUCAAACCCAGGAAAAGGCGUCCCACCCCUUCCUUGUUUCUGGCCGAGAUUACCUGUGAUGAGGAGGCGGGACGAGUUUCCCUCGCGGCUGGCCAGAGUGCACCCCUAUCCACCCCCUCCCUGGAAGGUCAGACCCAGGCAACCGUAUCAGCCCCCUCCCUGGAAGGUCCUGCCCCCCUGGCAACCGUAUCAGCCCCCACCCUGGAAGGUCCUGCCCCCCUGGCAACCGUAUCAGCCCCCUCCCUGGAAGGUCCUGCCCCCCUGGCAACCGUAUCAGCCCCCACCCUGGAAGGUCCUGCCCCCCUGGCAACCGUAUCAGCCCCCUCCCUGGAAGGUCCUGCCCCCCUGGCAACCGUACCACCCACCUACCUGGCAGGUCAGGCCCCCCCAUCACCCCCCUCCCUGGAAGGUCCUGCCCCCAAGGCAACCUUAUCAGCCCCCAACCUGGCAGGUCGGACCCUGGCAACCGUAUCACCCCCCUCCCCGGCAGAUCAUGCCCCCCUGGCAACCUUACCACCCACCUACCUGGAAGGUCAGGCCCCCUUAUCAACACCCCCUUCCCUGGAAGGUCAGGCCCAUGCACCCUGGGGGCUAUUGGUGAGCCACACCCCUCACAACAGGCCCAUGCACCCUGGGGGCAGUUGGUGAGCCACACCCCUCACAACAGGCCCAUGCACCCUGGGGGCAGUUGGUGAGCCACACCCCUCACAACAGACCCAUAACCCUGGGGGCAGUUGGUGAGCCACAACCGACCCAUAACCCUGGGGGCAGUUGGUGAGCCACACCCCUCACAACCGACCCAUAACCCUUGUCUGCCGAAGUCAGGAACUUUUAUGAAGGAGCAGGACCACACUGUUGAGUGGAAUGAUCAAAGAUUGGCAUGUCCAAUGUAUUCUUUUCCCUGGGGGAAGGAAAUGCACUACCUGUAUUUUACCAUGUACUAUAAUGACUGUGUAUUUUAUGAAUGUGUCUGUAUUAUGCAAAAAUAUUUUUCCAAAUCUGAUGUAUUUGUUUGAAUGUUUCUUUU